AUGAAGAUCGUCCUGUUGCUCUUGUUGGCUGUCGCGCUUCUUGAGCACACAGCCGAGGCGUUGGUGCGAGGUGAGCAGAGGAAAGAGGAUCAGCCUCGCGCCCGCGAGCUCAAAGGAAGCAUGGACAGCGGUGGCAGUGGCGACGACGGUGAUACUGGCAGUGACACUGAUGCAAUCAUUGAUGCCAUUACCGACGCGGCUUGUUUCUCAGCCAUCUCUACUGUCCAACAUCUGAACUCUGCACCACUAUUACACGGCAGGAUCCCCAUUCAGCAAUCUGUUUUUCCCAUUGGCCGAUCUAGAUCCAGCCAACAAAUGGUAUUUUCCCAUUACAAGAUCUAAUAUCUAACCUGGAAUGGUAGUUACGAAUUGACAUUGGGUAUACCACCGCCCAUUCAACAAUCCCAUGGCACAAUCGUAGCAACUGCAUUUGCAAACCGUUCUAAGAGGUUUUUCAUGUAGCCGUUGACUUGUUUGCACAGUUGCCUUAUUCAAAGGCCAACAUUUGAAACACAAAGCCAACGACUAACAAUAGAACAAGUACAUGUACAACCUUC